AAGGCUGGCCCGCGCAAGCCUGCCGCGACCAUAACGUUCCCCGUCACCCGUCACGUGCAGGUCACUCCCUUAAUCUCAUAAUCUUUUCUGAUCUGCCUUCCUUAACAACCAUGCGUGAGCGGAUUACAUUUGUGCAGAAUCUGGGAGAUUCAUUGGAGCCCUCGGCCAUCAAGAUCAAUGGCGGCACCAUUAGUGGUCCGGAAGUGCAAGCUGUCCGCGAGGACAGGCUGACGAUACCUUUGGAUGAGCUCCCCGCAGAACUGCAGGCGUUGUUAAGAGCCACUCGCGAAUUGCACACUCGAUGGGUUAGCCCCCGGCCCUACGAGGGCAUCAGUCCGUUGCUUGCGAGACUGCCGCCUGGUUUACAUGUGAUUUUCAUUCCUGGAAAGGAUGAUGUUGUGUCGAGUCCUCUCUGCAAAACGCUCGCCGAGAUAUUUGGAGAUGUCUCUUGCUCGACCGCCACUGAGGCAUUCACAUCACUCCCUGAGGCCGCGUUGCAGUACUAUCAGCAGCUAGACGACCUGUCUCAUUUCAUCAAAUAUGCCAAACCUCAAUUAUGCCCAAGAGACGAUGUCUCCUGUUUAGCCAGGCUUGAGAGUCUCUCGCACGCUAGCUCACUUGACAUAUCGUACGACAGCUCGUUGCACGCCCUGCGCAUUACCGCCGUCUGGCCCUACCAACGUCAGCCAGUUCAAGCCUCAUCCCGUAAAGGAAUCCGAACAGAGGUAGGCAUCCUGUCCACCGACAAGCCACAGACGCUCGAGCCGCACGAGAUCGGCAUUUCGGGCCUCUUGACAGUCCUGGGCCAAGAUUCGAAGCCGUCACCCACAAUGUUCACCUUCGCAUCGCGCCACCGGGACGCCGAAUCCAGCUUCUCGGCCCAAUUCCUGUCCCCGACCGGCCUCCAUCCGACUCUCCAGCUCCGCCUCAGCUCCCCCAAACCACCCCCUUCCUUCUCAUCCUCGCCCUCGUCCUGCUCGCCGCACGCGUAUCUCACCCUGCCCAAGACUAUCUUCCCAGACAAGUACCAGCUCUCAGACCCGCUGUUCCUCGCCUCCAAGAACCUCAGCGCCCUCCGCUACACCACCCAACCCAUCGACCUCGAAGCCCCCGCCUAUGUCCUGCCCCAGUGGGGAGCGACAGUCCUCGUGGAACUGGCACCACCACCAGCAGCAGCGGAAUCACCACUAGGAUCACAAGGCCACCAAGCAGACACAGAAUGGACCGCCGAAAUCCCUCUGCACCUCCGAUACCUCGCCCCGUCGGCCGGUGGUUCAUCGGCCAUAACCGUCCCCUACCCGGCCGUGUUCUGGGCAUGUACGCCUGACGAUGGGGGUGGGCCGGAGAUUACUGCCAGCUCCAACCCUUUUGAUCGGGGCAAUCUAGGGUAUGACAGGCUGUUCCCUGAGGGGACGGUGUUUUGGCAUGUUGAGCCGCGGCCGUCAGUUGAGCAUGGGAGUAAGGGCUUGCUGGUAAACGAAGUCAGGGUACCGGUGCUGGAUUUGGAGAAGGCCGGGUGGGUGAAUGCGGGGACCGCGGCUGUGGUGUUGCUUGGGUUUGCCUGGAUUGUCUACAAGUUGGCGGGGGUUUGGAGAAGAGAGGGGUACGGCAGCGGAAAGGUGGGGGCUGAGAAGAAGAGGCAGUGAUCGGAUCUCAGAUCUUAGUCUGAGAGUAUGGUGUAAUGGAAUGGUGGUGUACAAACAGCAGACUGUUUCAAACCGCUUGAUAAUACAGUCGACACCACCCUUUUGUUCAUUGCAAUUCUCAUUUCAAAACUGCCAGUGUUUACUAGAUUUUCAAGGAGGUUCGUAUACGAAGUACAUGAUACUCUGUAACGUUAGGUCGAUACUGUAACGCGCUAGUCGCAGGGCUAAAAUAGCCUGCCAAGAAAUGACGUCUUCACUAC